AUGACUGCUAGCCCGGUGCGCAAUAGGAAGUCAGGCUCUGAAGGGUACAAACCGAAGAUCAUCACGACAGUCGGUGCCAAGCCAGCAUGCUUGGUUAACGCAUCGGUUACAUAUGUUGGGAACGACCAAAUAUAUGCAUUUGGUGGAUUUGAUCAGUAUACAGACGAAGUCUACAACCACGUCCUCCGCCUGAACCUCACGACCCGACAAUGGAACUUGGUGGACAACUAUGGCGAUAUUCCAGGUGUUCGAAUGGGGCAUACUGCGAAUCUGUGGGACGGUGAUAAGCUGCUGGUCUUCGGCGGCGAGAACGAGCAUCGGCAGCAUCUUUGCGACAUCAUUGUCUUUGACCUCAAAACGGCUUACUGGACCCAGCCUGAGCUCCAAGGUCCGGCACCUCGAGGAAGAGCCCGCCAUUCGGCUGUCAUACAUGAUGGAAAAUUAUACAUCAGUGGAGGCCAAACUGGCCACGAUAGUGUACUGGAUGAUAUCUGUUACCUCGAUCUCAAGACCUGGACUUGGUCUCGCUCAUGGAGAUUUGUACCCCGCUACGACCACGCUUCCUGGAUAUGGAAUGGAAGGCUUUGGAUAUUUGGCGGUAUUAAUGACGACAUGGAGAAGAGUAACGAGAUCUGGUGGCUAGACCUCCGAGGAAGCCCUGGAUUCGAUUCAGCCAUGGCUUAUGGAACUGGAGACAGACAAAUGGUAUCAAAGUACCGUGGCUUCCCUGGUUCCAUUGCCGCUCAAGCCCCAACCGGAAGCACUGGGUACACAGCCAACUCCGGCGUACAAUCUUAUUCAAGUCAAGGGGCGUCAGGUCGAUCCCCCUACGUCUUGCCUGGAUCUAUUUCAUCACUCAAAUUCCAUUCAAGCCCAAAUCUACCUUCGCAGGCGGCUGGCAUGCAUUUCCACAUCUUUUCAUCAGGAUGUAUGCUCGAUUUUGUUACGCCAAUGGAAGUGACUUGCGAAACGAGUCUUUCGAGCCUAGAGCUCGAUUCGCUCCGCUGGCAGAAACUUGCAGAUGGGAAAGAGAUUUUUAGUCCUACUUACCGCUGGCACUAUUGCACAAUUAACGCAGAGGGCACAAAUGCCUGGCUACUUGGCAGCCCCGUUGAGCCGACCGCGGAUGGGAACGGUGUCACGGGAAGCGAGUAUCUGAGCGAUGUUCUAGCCAUUGAUCUCCGCAAAUACGGUAUCCUAGGCAACGAGCUGGCGAGCACCUAUCGCGCCAAAGUGCCAUCAUCAGAUGCAAAUUUCUCAUCCCCUCUCACAGGUAUUGGAGCCGAUCUCUCCACUACCUUCGAUAUAUCACCCGAGAGCGGUGGCGAUGCCGACUUCAUCAUCACCGCAGAUCCCGAUGAUGUGGAUUAUGAUGCAUCGCCUGUAAAUGAGGCGGGGUCCUCAACCACCGUUGCUUCUACAUCCCGACCGAUUUAUGUUCACCGUCUUAUCUUACAAGCCCGCUGGCCUCACUUCAAGCGGAUGUGGUCCGCUCAAAUGGCCGAGUUCCACUCCAAGAAGAUGCACAUUCCUGAGCCAUACUCCGCAGUUCGCGCUUUUCUGUACUAUCUCUAUACCGAUAGUAUUGACUCAAGCUCACAGCACGGACCCACACUUGUUGAUGUUGCCGGUAUGCUGGUCAUGUCAAAUGUUUAUGACAUGCCCCGCCUUCGACUACUUUGCGUUCAUCGACUUGGAAAAGAGCUCGAUAUCGAGCAUGCUGCCAUAAUAUGGGAACGCGCGGGCACAGCGACUGAGGAGUGGCUCAAGCGUCGUGCGGCAACCUUUUGCCUUCAGAAUUGGGGUCGUAUCGUACGCACAGCAGGUUUCAAAAGCCUCAGCCAUCAGGCGAUUAUCGAUCUCUGCUCGGAAUCUGACACUGAAUCUCGAGUUCUAAACGGUGACGAGCUUGAUGAAUUGGGCAUUCUGGGCCGGUCUUACGGUAUUUCAAAUGGAAAUCGUAAGCGAAGUCUUGGAAGUGCCAAUACUAUUACGGGCACAGACGAUGAGCCUGAUGAUGAGGUUGAGGAUGAUGGAAUGGAUGUCAAUUAG